GGGCCCACAGAGGUUGGCGGGCGGGGAGAACUGCCCAGUCAGUCGAGUCCGUUAGCAGAGGAAGCGCCCAGCAGCAGCAGCAGCAAGCAGCAGCGACAGCCGCCCUGCCCAGAGACUGAAGCCCGCCGAGCCAGCCCGAAGGCACCAUGCCCAAAACGAUUACAGUCCGAGUUACCACCAUGGAUGCUGAGCUGGAGUUUGCCAUCCAGCCCAACACUACAGGAAAGCAGUUGUUCGACCAGGUUGUGAAAACAAUAGGCCUGAGAGAGGUUUGGUUCUUUGGACUCCAGUACCAGGAUACCAAGGGUUUCUCUACAUGGCUGAAACUCAACAAAAAGGUAACAGCGCAGGAUGUCCGCAAGGAGAGCCCGCUGCUUUUCAAAUUCCGUGCCAAAUUCUACCCAGAGGAUGUGGCAGAGGAGCUGAUCCAGGACAUAACCCAGCGCCUGUUCUUCCUCCAAGUGAAGGAGGGCAUCCUGAACGAUGACAUCUACUGUCCCCCAGAAACUGCCGUCCUGCUGGCUUCCUAUGCUGUCCAGUCCAAAUAUGGUGACUUCAACAAGGAGGUGCACAACCCUGGUUACCUUACUGGCGACAAACUGCUUCCUCUAAGGGUUUUGGAGCAGCACAAACUUAACAAGGAUCAGUGGGAGGAAAGGAUCCAGGUGUGGCAUGAAGAACAUCGAGGAAUGCUCAGAGAAGAUGCCAUAUUGGAAUAUCUGAAAAUUGCACAAGAUCUGGAGAUGUAUGGUGUGAACUACUUCAGUAUUAAGAACAAGAAGGGCUCAGAACUUUGGUUGGGAGUUGAUGCCCUUGGACUCAACAUUUAUGAGCACAAUGACAGGUUAACACCAAAAAUCGGAUUCCCUUGGAGUGAGAUUAGAAACAUUUCAUUCAAUGAUAAGAAGUUUGUUAUCAAGCCCAUUGACAAGAAAGCCCCAGACUUUGUAUUCUAUGCCCCACGGCUAAGGAUUAACAAGCGUAUUCUGGCUCUUUGCAUGGGGAACCAUGAGCUCUACAUGCGUCGACGUAAGCCAGACACAAUCGAGGUGCAGCAGAUGAAGGCUCAAGCCCGGGAGGAGAAGCAUCAAAAACAGAUGGAGAGAGCCCUGCUAGAGAAUGAGAAGAAGAAGAGGGAGCUGGCGGAGAAGGAGAAGGAAAAGAUUGAACGCGAGAAGGAAGAGCUGAUGGAACGGCUCAGACAGAUUGAAGAGCAGACAAAGAAAGCUCAGCUAGAACUGGAAGAACAGACCCGCAAGGCACUAGAGUUGGAGCAAGAAAGGAAGCGAGCUCAGGAAGAAGCGGAGAAGCUGGCGAAGGAGCGACAGGAAGCUGAGGAGGCAAAAGAAGCCUUGCUGAAGGCCUCUAAUGACCAGAAGAAGACCCAGGAGCAGCUGUCGUCUGAAAUGAUGGAACUCACCAAUAGGAUCUUGCAGCUGGAACUAGCUCGGCAGAAGAAGGAGAGCGAGGCUGUGCAGUGGCAGCAGAAAGCCCAGAUGGUCCAGGAAGACCUAGAGAAGACUAAAGAGGAGUUGAAGUCAGCCAUGGUCACCCAGCAUGUUCCAGAACCAAUGCAGUCUGAGAAUGAACAUGAUGACGAGCAGGAUGAAAAUGCCGCUGAGGCCAGCGCAGAGCUGAGGGCACACGCCUCUGCCAAGGACCGGAGUGAGGAGCAACGGACUACGGAGGCAGAGAAGAAUGAGCGGGUCCAGAAGCACUUGAAGGCUCUCACGUCCGAGCUGGCCAAUGCCCGCGACGAAACAAAGAAGACUGCCAAUGAUAUGAUCCAUGCCGAGAACCAGAGGUUGGGCCGUGACAAAUACAAGACCCUCCGCCAGAUCCGGCAGGGCAACACCAAGCAACGCAUUGAUGAGUUUGAGUCCAUGUAAUCAUUCGUGAGCCUUCUGCUGCCUCCCCUGCACUCUUCCUCCCUCCCCCACCACCUUUUUUCUGUGUUUAACUGCAUUGUGCUGGAACCACUACAGAAGAGUCACCACAGUCUGUCUGAGAGUUGGGUGCAGAGGCUGCCAGCCAACAUAGGGUGAAAAAGGAUUAGUCAGCUGUGCCUUAAAAAUAAUAAUAAUAUAUAUAUAUUUUUAUGGUGAUGCCCCAUUUUCUUUGUUCAACCUGGGUUGAAGAGAGAAAUCUGUUCCAUGCAGCUUUAUGAAACAUCUGUGCUGGUCCUGUGACCCCCCAAUUUGUGGCACCAGCAAGGACCCAUCCCUGUCACUAGUCUCUCUAGCCAAUGUUUGAAGAGACUGGUGUGUUGGGGUAUCUUUACUUUUUAACCUGUCUAGUUUUGAUAAUUAAAAAAGGAAGAAGUUCGGAAGGAAAAGUUCCUGAAACAAAAUUUGACUUUCUUGUGCCUUACACACACACACACACACACACACACACACACACACACACACACACACACAUGAAAGACCAAAGCUUUUCAUGAUUCCCAGAGGUUUAGCAGACCAAACGGAUCCCCCUGAUCUUUUUAUCAUUUUGUACAUGCCACUGCCUAAGCAGUUGAAAGAGGCAGGAUUCCAUAAUUGUUGUGAUCUGAGUAUACAGUGGUACCUCUACUUACGAAUAACUCUACUUACGAAUGUUUCUACUUACGAAUGGAGCUCCGUCCGCCAUCUUGGAUGCGGUUUAGAUAGGAUUUUUUCUACUUACGAAUUUUUAGAGAGGGUUGCUUCGACUUACGAAUUUUUUCUCCCAAUGCAUUCCUAUAGCAUUUGACUUAAAAUUUUUUUUUACUUACAAAUGUGUGUUUGGAACGCAUUAAAUUUGUAAGUAGAGGUACCACUGUAUUUUGUUUUCCCCUCUUCAAAUGUUGCCAUAUCCAAUUACGUGUGUUGCUGGCCUCCAAACUUUGCUGGCCACCAAUUCCCACCAGUUUCCAGAGAUUGCAGACUUCAACAGCAUCUAGAGGGCUCCAGGUUCCCCAACCUUGUCCAAUAAGGAGACAGUGUUUGAGUUUGGGAGCAGCAACAUACUUGGUCCCAUUCAUAUUGACCAGCAAAGUCCGACUUAAGUGUUCAGAAGAGGAUGUGCAUCAGCCAUAAACCCCCGAGAGCAAGACAGAUGUGGGGAAACAUUGCAGCUGGCCCUUUCAAGGGAGGUCUGCAGCACACACAGCACACAUUAACAGUGCCUUGUGACACCCUUUUCCACAGGUGUCAAGUUUUUAUAAAGAUUCUUCAUGCUUACCUGCGACCAAAUGCAGAAAUAGCACCCUGUCUUCCUCACAUCACCAGCCACUUGCAUAGUCACAAAACCUGCCUUUGAUUUUAAGAAAAAGCUUCUGUCUCUGGUGCCUUGGUUGUAGGAAUGCAGCAGAACUUGUCCCCAAAUCUCUUUCUCCUCCUCCUCCUCUUCCUCCUCCUCCUCCUCUUCUUCUUCGCCUUGGAGUGCCUUUUGCUUUUCGGAAUUUGUAAAGAAGUUUUAUGCAGCUUUGCUUUCAGGAUGUUGUUCCUAUUUGCCUCCUAAGUCCAGACAGAACCUUCCAGUGCUACUUUGUCCACCAGUUUUUUGGCAGGGCUUCCCUUUUUUCCAAGAGAGUUUGUUACCUCACUUUUACCUGUGCCAUCACCGCAUCAGGUACAGCUGAGGACUGCCUGUCUCCCCACCCCCAACCCCCAGUCUAAGAAGCUUCUUUUUCAAAGGAGUUUUGUUUGCAGAGAAGCUGUCCUGCUCUUCUGCACCUCUAAACUCCUGAACUUCAUAAUUUCUUCUGAUCUUCUCCGUCCGCCCCUUUCCUCCCAAAGUGUGUUAAUACCAACAGUGCCACUAGAAACAGGAAAGUUGUGUGGAGAGAGUGGAACAAAGACAGGAGCUGCACUUCAGGGGUGGAGAUCCUGUGGGCUCUCCAAGGACAAUGGGAGUUGUCAUCCAGCAACAUCUAGAGGGGCACAGGCUCCCCAUCCCUGCUCUGAUUCGCACCAGUGAGGGCAGUGAAAAAGCUCCCAUAGCUGUCCCAAAGCCUUCUCAGUCUGCUUUGGGCAGCUUGGUGUUGGCAGCCCUAGUUGCAUGGAGGCAAGACUCCCUCGGCUUGCAAAAUAGCAGAGUCUAAAUGCUGUCUGUAAGUUUGUUAUGCACCCCUUUUCUCCAUUCACCCUUUAAAUAUAUAUAUAUAUAGUGCCUUUAGGAAGUGAGGGUGAGAACUGCCAGCUCCUCCUCCUCCUCCUGAAAAUAUGCAACCUCAUUACUUAGAACACUUUAAAGCAAGCGCGCGCGCACACACACACACACACACACAGAGCAGUUGAACUUGUCAUAACUGAUUUACCCUUAAACUGAAGAACCUGUGAUCCCUCAUCACUUUUAAUCACCUUUUAAAAUGUUUUGUGCUCCAAACUUGUAAUUUUGCAGUUUUCUUCCACAUUUCUUCCACAUUGCAGUUUUCUUCCACAUUUCUUCCAAUUUGCUAGUUUUCUAGCACAGUUUGGUUCAGAGAACUAUAUCCUCACAAGAGAAAUCAGCACAGAGCCUCCCAAGUCUGUGCUGAACUAAUGAAGUAGUUAAAGCAUCUCUGCAUCGCCCCUGGUUGGGUCAUGGAGCUCUGUUGACCCCUUCCACCGGCACAGUUGCUUUUCCUCUUGCCCUGUCACUUCUAGAAAAGGAGCAAGCCAACCUAUGCCAAGAAGCCUUAACUCCCCAUGUAGAUGGUUCAGCUCUCCCCUGAUCCUACCAGUAUUAUGUUAUUCCAGUGGUAUCUAAUGGUAUUGAUUUCAUUCUCUUUUUUUCUAGCUGUGCACGAUUAGAAAAUAUUAAUCUUGGAAAUGUGGAGGGGGAGGGGGAAAUGUCCCUCUUCUCCAUGGACAAAUGUAUACUGUAUUGUAAAGAGAUUGAUAUUUUGCAGGAAAUUAAUGUAAGAAGCAUUCAGUAUUACCAUGAGAUUUUUAGACACUUUUUUAAUUAUUUGUUGGGAUUCAUGGAGGUUUUCCCUCCUCCACUCCCCCCCAACUUGUUUACUUGCUAUUACUUUGGAUAUAUCCUAUCUUGGGGGAGAGGGGGUUACCCUAUUAAGCAUUUUUUUGUGUCUGGCUUUAUAUUUGUGUUUUGGAUUUUUUAAUUUUUUUGGCUGUAAAUUAUGUCUACCUUUUUACAUGUUUUGUUAAAACACCAGUUUUCCCAGGUGGGGUUGUACGGUUGAUCUGUGUCACUGUGGGGCAUGCCAGCCAUGUUGAUCCUUGCCACUCAGAUGCCUUGCCUACAAAGGGGUUUUGUUAAAGUCCACAGCCUGUUCUCUUCAGUGCCAAUAAAAUUUAGGUCAAUUGAA